AACUCAUUUCCACGUGCUGCAAGUGGCCACCGGCGGAAGAGAGUUUGUUUUGGUGCCGCCGAGUUAAGUUCAACGUGUGACUAUAGAUCUGUAAUGUGCUCUGUAAUUGUUCCAACAGCAGACAUAAUGUCAACCGCGGAGAACCAAGUGGAAGAGAGCCCUUCUGAAGAAGAGCCAAAAGGGACCAAAAGAAAGAUUUCUCUUUCGAAUUGUGGUGUGUGUGAAUCGGAGGAGGCGAAGUACAGAUGUCCUGCCUGCCAUGCCUAUUCUUGCAGCUUGCAGUGUGUGAAAAAACACAAGGAAGAUUCGGGAUGCAGUGGCGUUAGAAAUAAAAGUGCCUUUGUUCCUCUCUCACAGUUCGAUGAAAUGACGCUUCUCAGUGACUACAGGUUUCUGGAGGAUACGGGACGAUUUACUGACGGCACCACCAGAGACAGUCUGAUCCGGACUCCUCGCGUCACUCUGAAAGCAAAGAAGCUGGCAGCUGGUGCCAGAAAGAUGAAUAUCACACUGAGGUUCCUCCCCAUCACCUUCACAAAGAGCAGAGAAAACUCCACUUUCUACCUGACAAAAGAACAAGUAUUCCUGUGGCACCUGAAGCUCAUCUUCCCUCAGAGCAGCUCUGAGUUCAGCCAGAGGAGGGUAUCUGACAAGCAAACCUUGCAGCAGAUCUUAACCCCUUACAUCCACCCGACAGAGUCGGACCCUGUGACUCGUCAAAAGUUGAAGAUGUAUGUGCACACUCCAUUUGAUCAUGUGAAAAUCUUCAUGAAAGCGGAGGGGAGAAAAGCUAAUUCUGUGAGGUACCAUGAGUUGGACAUUCACAAGAGCCUAAGAGACAACCUGAGCUACAAGAUGCUGAUUGAGUAUCCUGUCCUGCAUGUCGUACUCAGAGAUCAUUGGAAAGACUAUCCACUAAAAGGACCAGCUGAACCUGCAGCCUGCAGUAGAUUUGCAAUGAAGAACCAAGGGGUGGACCAUAAGAAGGAGGAGGAUGUGACCCAAGUUUCACCAUCCCUACAAGGGACUUGCACCCUGGGGGGCACCAACAUCUGGACGGGAACCUCAGAGUCCAACCCUGAAACCGAACCCCCGCAAAAGAAAAGGGCCAAGAGAGAAUCAGGGGAGAAAGAGUCAGAGGAGGGAGAGAUCACAGACAGCAGUGAUGAAGAGAAAGAAGAGGAGGAGGAGGAGAAUGGAGGUUCUGAAGAAAUUACCUCACGUGGUAAGAGCUGUGAUGGUCCCAAAAGCCCUUCAAAUGACACAGAGGUGAUUAAAGAUGAACCAGCACAUGGUUAAUGUUGACCCUGCUAUUAUUGAACACACUGACAGCAGCAGAGAUCAGUGUACAGAUUAGGACAUCGCUGGUUCACUGAUGGAAGUUCAACUACCAGAAAGAGUGCUGAGGUCAGCAUGACUAAGGAGGAUGCUGUGGUAGAGCCGAGGCCUGUUCAUGCCCGUCACUGAAAUGAGUCAGCCUGUGCCGCUGACAGCUGUGGAUUGGAAUGAUAAUGACCAGAUGUUCAGGAUGAAAUGGAUAUGGAGGCAGACGUAUCUGACAGGAAGUCAUCAAUCUUGUGUCAGUAUACAGCGGCCCAAUGCAACCUGACAGUGUUUUUGGUUCUUUUUAACAAAUAUUUUUUGAGAAAGAGGAAAGAUCAAUGGUUGUUUUGUGUGUCUUGUUGCAUAUACAUAAGAAUCAUUUCAGUGUUAAUGUUCAUAAUUUAGGUUUAGCCGUUGUGUCUGGAAGAAAUCUGAAAUAAAAACAUUUUUUCGAGUC